AAAGCCCUAAAGAAAGUUAAAGAAGGAAAUCCAGCCAUUUAAGCCUUCUAUCCUCAUGGAUUUUGACAGCUGAAUUUUAUUUUGUCUUAAUAGCUUGGUCUUCUCAGAGCCUGCUUCUCACUCCCGUCCCAUCUCUGCUCUUUGGGAGCUGCAGCUGUUUCAUAGGUGAUUAGAAAAUGAAUGGAUCUUCCCUCUAGAUUUAUUAUUAUUAAUAUAUGCUGGUUUCACAGAGAGCAGGCCAUGAAAACAGUGCGGGUGUUUGUUCCUCUAAAGCAUCAGAAAUGCUAAAGAAAACCCUCUGGCCUCCUUGGCCGGAGGCUGUGGAGCUGAAGGCCUGACGUGCGCUCCUUCUGUGUGCCUGACACCGCUCUGGGACAGCCCUGGGACUUACUGACCCCCGCCCAGGUGGGGGGAGGUCCCUGGAAAAAUCCUCUUUUCUUAUGGUUUUGGGGCCGUGGUGGGCAGAAGCAGGGUGUGGGCAUCAUGGCUGGGCAGAGGUAUAGCGGGGGUUUGGGGCAGGAGAGUACAGGGCGGCCUCUGCUGCCACAGGCACUGGGAGGUCUCAUGAGGGGCCCAUGGAAGAGGGAGUGUUGGACCGGGAUGUUGCUGAUGCCUGAACAGUUCUUGGUUGGUGUCACCCAUGCUGGUGCCUCAGAUCCUCUACCUACCCCGCAUGCGAAGACAUGCUGAACCUGGGCAGGGGUUGUGAGGUGGCUAGUGGAGAAAGUGUGGGGCGGCCGGGGUCCCAUGAGCCCAGGGGCUGCUGUGCCCGCAGACACCUCUGUUGCUGGCAUUUGCAAACCUAGCUUGUGGAGAUGGGCUCUUAUUUACACACGGCUGGAAGCAGGAGGUUGCUGCAGCUAAUGCUGGGUGAGUUUCCAUUUCUUUAAUUAAAAAGUUUUUAAUGAAGGAGGAGGAAAGAGCAGAGUGAGGCAGGUGAUCGCUGGAGAUGCCGAUCAUCCUAGGCACUGUCUCUCCCACCCUGCCUGGCCACAAUGGAUUCCCAGAGCCAGAUCCACUCGUUUGUGGGACCAAUGUGGCUGGGGCUGGAUGCUGGUCAGGACAACAGGAGUGAGUUAAUAGCUUGCUGCUGUUAAGGACACAUCCUGCUUCCUUGCUCCGGUGCUCGCUGGCCCGCUCAGAAGCCCAUGAAUUCACCAACCUGGCUGAAAACCAGCCAGCUGUGCGUCCGGCUUUGCCUUGGCCACCUCUGGCGCUGGCAGCGCUUGGGCCGGGAAGGGCUGAACCAGCCCCCGUUCCAGUCUGGAGCAGGGAAAAGACUGUUUGCACCUCCUGGGCUUUGGGUCUAGACGCUUGGCCCUGUCGUGCCCGGAGGGCCUUCUCUGCUGGAGAGCGUGGCUGGGCAGGAGGGAGGGAACUGAAGGGCUCCAAAAUGCCCAGAGGGCCGUCAGUAAAGGUGGCGGUGGGCAGCACUUGCUGUUGUGGGCUUGGAGUGAGCCUGACGGGCUGGAAAUCAGAGACUGAGGUGCUAAAAAUAGACCCAGGAUGUAAUCAAAGCAGUGAGGGCCCAUGUGCGCUCAUGCUUGCUUGACUCCUCCUGUAUUUCCCCUUUGAGCUUUAAAGAGCAAACCUCCCCUUCCCAAGGCUGUUUGGGCUGCGCUGGACAGCAAGCGUGCCUUGUAUGGUGGAGAUUUAGACCUAGAAGCAAAGGGGGACCUUUUUGGGCAUGGCGAGAUCCGAGGACGGCAGCAGGGAGAGCCGAGGGAGCUGUGCGUGUGCGUGGCUCGUCCAGGCGCUGGGGAUCAGCGCCGGGGGGCUGGCCUUGCAGCCCUCGCCUGCCUCCCUCCCCAAAACAUAUGCCUUGUUCGCCCUCUGCUUGUCUUGCCCCAUAAAACUGCACCCAGGAGGUAGGGGUCCCAGGGCGAUUCUCAGCGGUAAAGCCCUGGGACUUCGCAACUUGUCCUUCCCCCCCUCCCCCCCCCCAAAAGGGGAAACUGAGGCACAGAGCAGGUUCUUUCCUGUGUUAAUCUGGAAUAUUAUCAUCCAAGCAUGUCUUUUGUUCUUUGAAAGCCUCACUUUUCCUUGAAGGCAUCUGAACACAAAAAUGAGCUCCCCCUGCAAAGGAGGGGAAGGAAAAUUUCAGGAAGGAAAAUGUUUUUCUUUUUUCACUAGUUCUUACUGUAUGCUGUACUCCUCCCGUGGAUGUGUUGAACUAUUGCCCUUUACUCAUUAUAAACUGAGCUGUUUGGUGCUAAACUCCUAGGUGUGCUCCUAACAGAUGUAGGACCUUUCUCCUUUCUCGUCUUGCUGGGCUGGAGUUCCCCUCUGUAGCAGCUGUCAGCUUGCCUGGGGCCCUGUACCCCUGCCCCAGCCGCUGGGCUUCCCGGGACACCCCGCUCUCUGGGAUAGCUCCUCUGGUGUCUGUCUUUCACCUUGAUUCUCUCUAUAUUUUAACUGCCUUGCAGCACUUACGUUGUCCUAGGCAAAUGCCAGGUUUUGAAGAGGUGUUUGCUACCACUAUCUUUCAGCAGUCUGCUGCUUUUUCUUCCUCUAUAUGAAAUCCUAGACUGCCUAAGCGAUCAGAGGAAAACAAAAAAGAUGUGGCCGUUUUGGGGACUGGAACUGAAUCGAGUCCGCUGUGACCUGCUCUUUACAGAAGCCAUCAAUCAAAGCAUGCAGGUACCCAACAGGCUGAAGGUAGCAGAUGGCUUCAGCCCUGUCAACGAGGAGCCGACGACAGAGGAUGUGCCUCCUUCCUUUCGGAUGCACAUCCCGGAUAGGAUUUCUCUUGCAGAAAUAAUGGAUACUGGUCCGAGGCCUAUCCUGCUAGACCAGCAAAGGAAGGUCCCCUCUACUGUGGGUCACGAAUCCUCAGACUCCUCCGUUCAGCCUGCUGCACUUGGGGAACUCCCUUUUCUGCGUGUAGCCAGCAGAUCAAGCACCCAGAAACGCAAACGAUCGGGCCAUCACAGCAGCAGGUCACGGCGGGAGAGGGCUCCAGGUGACUAUGCCCAGCUGGCUUUGCACAGCCCAGGCCAGCACCACGAGCGGCUGGACACGUGCCCCUUGCCCACUCGCAGCGCCCCACUCCCCCUCCUCACGCAGACGGGCAGGAUCUACUCUGUGCAGAACAUCUUCCAGACCAUGUGCCUCCUGGGCCAGGUGCUCUUCCACCGUGUCCGGGACACUCUGCAAGACUCAGUGCCCUCCAGUUCCCAGGAGACAGGCCCAGCUUUGGAAAGCUCCCUGGAAGAGGUUGGCAUGGCUGAGAUGGCAGCAAUGAGAAAACAGUUGACAAGGAUCUCGGGGAGGCUCCAGGUGCUGGAGGAGCAGUGCAAUGGCUGGCGUCGGAAGGAAGCUCUUGUCUACUCCGUGCUGAUCUCUGCCUGCCUCAUCAACACGUGGCUCUGGCUGAGGAGAUGAAGAUUUGCUGUGCCCUGAUUUUCCCUCCCCAUCCUGGCAGGGCAGGUGAGAGCAGGGAAAGAAUCCUUGCUCGAAUAUUUACGAACAGUAAAAUUAUGUGUUUCUUCCCCUUGAUCUGCUUUUCACACUGUAGGCCCUUGAGGAUCUGUGUCCCUUAGGCACUGAUUACAAUGAAGAUGGCAUCCUUCUCUCAUACUCUAGCAUCAGAGGCAGGUGAGAUGAAAAGGAUGAAGCUGGACCUUGUGCCAGAGCACCUGGAAAUGGGUGUUAGGGAGAGAUGGGGAAUGACACUGAAUAUGGCCCAACAGGCAUAGUCCCAGGGCUGAGCUGUGACUGUAAAUGCUCCGUGAACACCAGCAGCCAUGUUGCCUGUUUGAUGGGGUCAAUGCUUGCCUGGGAAGAUGCUGCGAAGGUCUCACAAGAAGUAGGUGGUGAUGCAGUAAGUGUCUGUAGUGCGUGAAGUAAUGAGACAUGCUCUACUCCUUGAGCUGUCUGCCAGAGGAGAUGCAAAACCAAGGUGCUGAGUGUUUGUUGGCAUCAGGUCCUGUUACAGUUUUGGGCAGUGGUGGGCCUGGCUACCUUCCCAGGCUCCCAGCAUCCUAGGCUGGACAACUCAGUCCAGACCUCAAAAAUUCCUCAGCCAAUUACUAUAGUCUCUUCCUCAUCUUUUGCCCCCAAAGCUUGCACAGAGUGGUUGUGCAUUUUUACACUGAUAGAUUUUCUUUUCUUCCUUGAGCAAUUGCUCUUAAGUGGAUGCAGUACUGCCAAUUCUCCUAUGCCUGCUUAGGAGGGAUGAAUCUGGUGGAGCUGGGAGCUCCCAUCCCUACAUCCACUGCUGUGCCACCAUCUCCUUGGCUCUCAUCCUGUUGGAUGUAGUUCAGCAAAGGGUUUGCAAAUGUUGAGAUCCAGAGUGACUGUAAGAGCGAGGCCUGGGCUUAUCCAGGAGCUUGGCUGUUUCUCUGUGAGAUUUAAAUGAAAAACCUCCCCAUGGUGAGUCUCUGGAUAAUAAGACCUCAUAACAACAUUAAUAGCACCAGACAGUUCACGGAAAAUUGUCCGCUUGGGCAGCAGUAUAAAUUUGUUAGGUUGGCAGUGCCGGAGGGCAAGAUCACUCCUAGAGCAGCUGCCAAACUGUAACUUUAGCAAUGGUGCAUAAUACAGGUGAGGGGAAUUCUUGGCCCAGAUGCUCUUUAGUUGAUGACUAGCCCAGUUCAACAGCUUUGCUAUUUCUUUGCUUCCUUGGAACUUAGCCCACUUGCAUCUGCAGUGGGCUUUGCCACCUGGGUCCCACAUGCCUGGCUGGACCAGCUCAGCAGAGGUCUCUCCUCCCCGCCCCUGCCACGACCUCCCCAUCAGCGUGGUUUUGGGUGGAUGUGAACUGGGAUUGUUGAUACCACCCUAAAGCCGCAGGCUGUUCAGAGAGCUGCAUGAAGACAAGGUCAAUGCUUACCCUUAGGAUGUAAGGGGAAAAGGUAGGAGUGGAGGAAAGGGAACCAACACAUAGAAAGCAGUGUCUGGAGGUCGAGGGAUGCUUUGUGCCCAUAGUGAGUGAUGACACUUGAAAUUCAAGGCUGUAGUGAGGUGACUUUGAGAUGCUUUUGGUGGUUUAUCCAGAACAUCUGCUGGAGUUGUGCCUGCAGGCUUGGAAUCGGGUCUUGGCAAUGCUUUAACAGGACCUCUUUGUUCCACCUAUAAAUAGUUGUAGCUGGAACUGCAAGACAUCCAGAUGUCCCAGCUGCUUAGUUACAGACAUGGAUACUUAGGUGUUUUGUGCCUGCAGCUGCAUCAACUAUCUGUGCCUGUAAAUCUGGCAGCCAGACAUUUACUAAUAAAUAACUGUCCCACAAGUAAUUGCAGGUCUGAACCUGUGGCUCUGUGGCCAAUAUCUGAGCUGAGGAGAGAGGUGAGAUUUAUUGUGGAUGAGAGCCAAGAUGUCCUGAUGGCUGGGCUGGCUUAGAGUGCAGCAGCAGGGGGCACAUAAGGGACUGUGUGAGCACUGCUGCACAGAUGGUUCAUGUGAUUCGUGGCUAAGGGAUGCGGUCAGGGUUACCAGGCGACCUUACACAAAUGCAUAUACAAAUUCUGCCUGCGGCUCUUCUAGGGUGACUGGAGUGUGGCUUGCUGGGCUGACACUCCAGCUCUCCUCACUGGCUUUUCUGGAGGGGCAGGAGAAGGAAAUAGAGAAGGAGAGGUGGCAACAUGGACUGUUUUGUACACAUCUUUUGAAAAGGGAGCUGCCACAGCCUCUGUGAGAGUCAUGCCAGGAAAAUGCAUUGUUUGGAAAGUACUUGUUCAGCUGGUUUCUUUUCUCUGUGAGCUGUAAAUGUGCUCUGAAGAAGCUUUUUUUUUUUCUUUUUUUUUCCCCAAGCUGUAGUUUAAGGUGAGAAGGGCUGACCCUUUGGGGACACAACACCUUGAAAGUGUGCAUUGGAGACAUUUGGAUCUAACCCCGUAUGUGUUCUUGAAGGCUAAUUAUUGACAAGUUGUAGAGGAUACAAUAUGGCUUUUUCAUAAGGCAUGCUUCCUGGUGUAAAUCUGGAAACACUGAUCCAUAAAAAUA